UUGUCUCCAUUGGUACUAUGGAUAAGUAUAUUGACUGCUCAGAAAUUCAGCGCUACAAAUCCAACAAGCGAUUGGUUAUUUCUCUGAAUCCUCUCCCGCACAGUGGUUCGACAUCAAACAAUGAGGCAUCAUGCAAUACCUGCACUAGAAAGUUGAAUGAACCGAAUCUAUAUCGCUACUGCUCCAUUUCUUGCAAGGUCAAAGCUAUUUCGCUAGAACCUAAUGAUUUGGUUCCUGCCGUAAUUCCUGACCAGAACCACAAUGCUCCUCAGGAAGGACCGGAUAUUCCUACUCAGGAAAGACCAGAGGCAAAUGCCGAACUCCCAAGGCCAAGAAAGAGAAGAAGAAAGGGAACACCACAUCGAGCUCCAUUCUUCUAAGAGCCUCCAGUAGAUCACAUGUCCUUCUUGCAUUUGCAUAGUCUGAAUAUGCAGGAUUCGAAGCAUUUUGAUUCAAUUUUGUUAUCAAGACAAUGAAAUUAUUACUUAAGUUAUACUGAAGUUCAGAAAUGUUUGAAUUCUAUUAA